CAACCUGUUGAAAUUCGACCUCCAAAGUCAAGUGUGAGCGAUCACACUGACUUGAAACACCAAUCAAGCACCUCAGAUAUUCAAGAGAUAAAUGUCAUUGGUGGUGGUAAAUCCAAGACGUCUGAUGUCGGCUCAGUGACAUCACAGAUAAAACCGACUGUCUCACCAUCUCCUAGCAUCAGGUCAAGACCUCAAACGUUUACUCUAAAACUCAGAUCGACUGGAAAAAAUGUGAAGGGCUACGUGAAUUUAAAUGAAGGGGUUGGAACGCCGGCAUUCACUAGCAGCCCUUCUGGAUCGGCCCUGGAUCAUAUAUCCCACGUGUCUUCAGAAAGGGGAAGCACUGGUACAGGAAAAUGCUGGAAAACCAUCUAUCACCUGUUGGAUUUGUAUGCAGCCAUGCCAGACACUAAAACUAUCACUCACAGAUUUUCUAUGGCUACGGGAGAUAUUUCCGAAUACUAUAAGGGUAACAGAAAGUAUGACAUCCUGACUGAAGUAAAAUCAUCCGAUGAAUUCGACAAGCAAGGCCAAACUACACCUUUACCUAUUAAAGAGGCAAAUGAAAGAACUAAACUCAUGGUGUUUGGAGUUGCACGAAUAAACAAAACAAAACUUCUGGCUACCCUUUCAGGGCUAAAAUUGGACGCUGAAAUAACUGGAUUGCAUUCAAGUGUUACAUGUCGAAAUAAAUCUAGACCCGUUUCGUUGGAAUGCUCGGUAACCGGUCAAGUUGGAAGAACGUAUAUAAAAUUAUUGGAGGGGGUCGCUCCCAAUCAGCUACAGACUGUCGUCAAAACAACGGUUGGAAAAUCUCAAGCUCUAUAUUCAAGUGUUAGUAAGAAGGGCAAAGAUAAAAACUCCGCACUUUUUACAAUUGGGGCGGUUAUUAUAGAAAUCCCUCAACAUCCUGUUGCUUUACAUGGCAUGGUUACUAGAAGCAGUAAACAACUCAGUUCCACGUUACAGGAAUUACGAGUGACGAGGACCUCCAGUAGACUUUCUAGGGGUCAGCAACCUGAUGACGAUCAGACUCAGCAAGAUUCUCCAAGUCAACAAACUAAGGCGAUGCCUAAAAAAUCUAUCAGUCGGCAUCAUGUCAACGAGUCUAGUCUAAUCCAACCUCUAGUUGUUCAGUUUUCAAUAAUGUUACAGAGUUUAAGUGUCACCGCUGCUCUUCUUCCUUCUCUUCAAUCCCAAUAUAAAAUGGAUCAAGUAAAGAGUAUGGGAACAACUGGUAACAAAGCCAAGUUCACCAUUGACUUGCCCCACCACUCUCUUAGUUUUACAACAAAGUUGCCAAUAAAUCAAGUGGCAGAAGUCAAUCUUCCACCGGAAGCAUGUAUCUCAUUGCCAGCAGUUCAUGUUUCUGCAGAGUAUGUACCAGAAGGAACAACUGGAGCACUUAGAACGGACGGUCACAAAGGCACCGAAGGUGUAGUUUUUAGACAAGGUGGUUACUUAAGUGCCCAAGCUGAGAUUGGAGUUUUUGAACAUAGUUUGACUACGGAUUUGUUGAAUCAUUUAGUCUUUGUACAAAAUAUAUUCAUGAAGGAAGUGAAUGAAGUCAUCCAGAAAGUGUAUGGGGGCGAACAACCAGUUCCCAUAUGGUUAGAAGAUUCAGAAGAACCCUCAUAUUUGGAUCGUCUCCUCUUCUCACUGAUUAUUAUUGUUCAGAGAAUACAAUUGACAGCUACAACAGCUGGAAGCAGUGCGGUAAGACUCGAAACAGGAGCUGUAACUUUGGAACUUUCCAAUAGAGUUCAAAAUGUUUCUGGUAGCAACCAGAGUAAUUCUUCAGCGCGAUUGUUUGGAAGAGCUCAAGUGGAUUUGAAUUUGUCUUUAGGGCAGCUUUUAAGGAACGCCUUAUUUGAGGAAGCUGAAGCUGAACUCCAACAAUUUGCUUUCUUUAAUACCAGAAUCGUUCUAAGAAAUGCAUUCCAGGAUGAAAUAGUUGACGGAAAAGAUAAGGAAGUGGUCCUUAUCACAUUAAAAAGACCUCUUAUUUAUGUACAACCAGUUGCUGUGGAUAAAGCCAUCCUUGUUUGGCUGAAUUACAAAAAUGCAUAUGAUUAUUGGAAUGAAAAACGAGCAACACUGAAUCCAGAUGUUCAAAAUGCCACCCACCAGGUUUAUGAAAAGCUUCAAUUUGGACAAAUAACAAGCCAGUUAAGUGCCCAACAUUUAGGAACACUAUUUUUACAACUCACUGUUGAAGACAUGGGCAUUUGUUUACCUUUGAAUUCUCUUCCCUUGUCUUCCUGGGGACAAAGAAGCAUUUACGAAGAUAGCAGAGGAGCUGUUGUGGUAACUCUGGAGAACACCAGCAUAUCUGCCUGCAGUUCUGGAUCCUUGGUAAGUAAGGGGAAAUUUUCAAAUCUAUGUCUUCGUUUUGCUGAUGACUUUGAAACGUCAUUGGACGAUUGGAAACCGGAUAUGACCGACACCAGCAUUAUGAAUUUGUGUGUGGUUAGUGAAGGGACUUAUGAAGUUUGCAGCCGCACCAUUGCAGCCAAACAUACAAACGAAAACGCCAAAUGGUUUUUAAAUGUCCAAUGGCAAAUGGAGGGUGUUGAUAUCCAUUUAGAUAUCAACGUUGGUAAACAACUGUCAGCCUUGGGUUACACUUUGACUUCCUUAACAGGAGCUGAAGAUCCACCCACAUCUAUUCACGUGGAUUAUGACAGUGAUGAUAAUGAGCCUACCAACGGAACAAGGACUUCUCAGGAAAGUAUACUACCAUCUUUCCUUUUUGAUCCUACCUUAGACAAUAAACAGAGAUCAAAACUGAUAGAACGGGAAAUGAAUGAGCAGGCAAAAAUCAUAAAUGACUUAAGAUCUCUAGGUGCCUCUCACGGCACUAUUGAAUUGGAACUGAAAAGACUUCAUGAACUUGAAGCGAUGGUUUACAAGGACUUUAGAAGGGACAUGAUUCAAAAACUCAGAAGACAAAGUGUGAAAGCAUCGUCGAUAACCAAAGGUAAAUUGGGACUUGGAUCUAACGCCUAUAGAUCCAAGUCAUUUAUGGUUCCAAGUCCAAUCGCCGAUACCCAUCCUGAAACCAUGGAACGGUACAGAUACAGUCCCGAAGACGGUCAAAUAGGGUCAAGUAGCAUCAAUUCAGGUAGCUAUGAAAGCUCACCAAAGUCCGGUCCAUCAAGAUCCGCUUCGCUUAGAGUUAAAAACACAGCAGGACCAAGGGUUACCUUUAGUGACGCGCAAAAUAUAUGCAGACAAUCAUCUCUGCCAACUGCAAGUUCUGAACUCAGUCUUCCUGAAGGAAACUUAGACUGGGUAAGCCAUUUGAACGUGGACGGAGAAAAGGUGGAACUUCGUAAAAAAUUGCCCACUUCUCAUGAGUUUGAUGAAGGAUCAUCUUUUAUUGGUUCCUUUACGAGAGAUCAACACUCAACAUCAAAUAUCACUCAAGGUGGUUUGAGUCAAACUUCAACUAGCCAAAAGCAGCAAGAACCCAACAUUGACUUGGAACUCGAUGUCAAAGUGUUUAUAAAUAGUGGGAAGUGCGUUCUUCAUACGAAAGACAGCACAAAAGAAGAAGAAAUAAAGAUGAAUCGGAUGAGGAAGGAUAGAAGCUGUUCAGCUGGGCUUCUGGAGUUUCCGGUUCCCGCUGGGAGUCCUGAUACUUCUAGAAGAAAUAAGGAUAAACUUACUGCAACUGCUAGUUCUUCUAGAUUAAGAAAUACUCCACAUAGUACGUCACUCGUUGAUUUAACUAUAUUUCAUAUACCAGGAAUGGACGUUAAACUACAUUAUCAGUCAAAAGUGAUUCUGGAUGAUGUUGAAAAUGGCAAUCAAACUGCAUCUGAACCUUUUUCACCGCAAUCUCCCGAUUUUUCUCAAUCAUUUCCUCCAAGAGGCUUUGGUGAUUCGUUUUCACCGAAAACUACCCAAUCUGAAGAAGAAAGAAUUGAAAACGCAUUUAGAAGACACGAUUUCAGAAAUUCUCCAGUGGAAGCCACAAAUGGAACUAAGGACGAACCCCAUUCAUCUGGUGAUUAUGCAGUGGCAGAUCUCAAACGUUCUGCGUCUUCUCAUGGCAUUUCCAACCCCAACUACGCCUGUACUCCAUCAUCUUCCAGCAGAAGUAGCGAAGACAGCAUGCCUCAGUUUCAAAUGAGUGUGACACCCCCUCAUGGAAUGUAUAUGGUGUCAGGUGCUGGAGGGUUGGGCUUUAAAAAAUCGGGAGUGAAAAAAGCCAGCUUGUUCGCUUGGAUGACGUUACAAAGCAUUCCUGAAGAAACCAUCAUAAGCCCGCACAUUCUGGAAUUCUUGGAACAAACUCUUGAACCCAUACCAGCCAAAACGAAUUUUAACACCACAACCAAUACGUCUUUGUUAUCUGACCAAGACGCUAUAAAUUAUGGUCAGUACGUGUAUGCCAGUUUUCCUGUAGAUGUUAUCGUCUACUUCCACAUGCAGCCCAGCACGUUUCGGUUCAGUUGUCUUCCCGUCUCAAGAGUGGAGUGCAUGCUGCAACUUCCCUCUCUCGAUAUAAUUUUCAGUUCUAAAAGGGCCGAAGAUGAACUUUUACAGAGUGAAUUUGGUGACGAUACUCCCAACACUGCCGCAUCUGCCGUGGGUGGGCUUAGUGUUACUGGAUGUAUGUCUGACUUUUCGGUUUAUAUUUUUCAUCCCUACGGUGGUAAAAAGUCCGCUUUGAAAGAAGCGCAAUGGUCACCAUUAUCGGACAGUGAAAGAAAAGAUUCAUUAUCAAUAAACGUCGAGUUCGUCAAGUUCCAUUUGUCAAGAUCGAGAAUGUUAAAUUUUCAGCAAGAAAAUUUAAAAGGAAAACUGGGAUCAGACCAAAGCCGAGCAGUUAUACGUUUUUCAAUUAUUACUGACAUAGGUUCAGCAUCGUUUAAGUAUGAUAUGAGACGUCUUACCGAAAUUCUUGCCUUUCCUAAAGCAUGGUACCGUAGAUCUAUAGUCCGAAGACUAUUCUUGGGCGAUUUAAGCAUGUCAGCAGCUUAUAAUGAUGACGACGAUUCCAUGUUAAACUCCUCAGGAGUGUCCUCCCAAAGACAUGAACCAAGAACCCCAAAAUCAUCUGAAAAAUCACCAUUACUGGGAAAGGAUAAAAUAAAAUCCCCAUUAGAUGCCGAUGCAUCCAGGCAAUCCAAAUUUAGAGAGAGUGGUAGAACAUUUAGUAUGGAUUCAGGAACACUUCCCAGUCCUGAACAUAAAAAUUCAGCAGCCUGGGAAACUCUUGUGCUGUUUGCACUUAAUUUUAAGAAAUUAAAUGUCCACAUGAAUAUGGGAAACGUCAUGGGUAAUGUUUGUUGGUUAACAAAAGACUUUAGAAGCGAAGGACGUCUUAGCAUAGGUUCAACUGGUCAUAAGAACAUGUAUAUUGCUUUGGGAUUGGGUGGGUCUGGAUUGGAUGCGAAAGGUGGCAUUGUUGGUGGUAAUAUUGAAAUUGCCAAUAUUGAUACUUACACUCAUAUCAAAGAAGAACCUGAUUUAGAACCCGAUCACACGAUAGGAUUAAGACUGAAAGCAUUAGAAUUAAGGCUAGAUUACAUGGCAACGUCUGUUCUAAUGACCAGAGUGAGUGAUCUAAGUGUCAAUUUAAGAGAUGAAUGGAAACUGAACAAACCUACGGGUACAGGAUCUUUUAUACCAACAAGAAGGCCUGCCAGUAUUUUUAUUCAUGGCGAUAUGAACUGGGACCAAUUACAAAUAAUGAUUUCAAAAUCAUCAACAGCCGAUUUACUAAAAAUGUUCAACAAACUUGAAGAAUUCUUUUCCCAACAAUUUAAUAGCAGUAAGAGAGCGUUUAGUGGAUUUUCCCAGGCUGCCAAACCUCCUAAAGUAACACCCCAAAAAAGCCGAGAAGGUUAUCCCAAUCAACAACAACAGCAGCACAUGAUAAAUGAUGCGAAACAUCAUAGACAUUGGCAAAAAGUUUUGGCAAAAGUUGCCGGUCUGAAAUUAAGUACCAUGCACAUACCAUUACCACCGUAUGGAACGGUGUUGGGAGGGACGAUGGAGUUGCAUGGAAAUAACAUCUCCUUAGCAUGCUUCCAUGGGAUUAACUUCAAGAGCAAAUCUUGGGCCUUAUUCAGUUUAAAGGAGCCAUGUAUAACAUUUAAUACCGAAGCCCAAGAAAUACCAUCUGCUACAGAGACCCCACCAGCUCAAGAUGUCCACAUUGUGCAAACAUUGACCUGCAGUUUAGGUCUAAGCACUUAUAAGACCCAUCAUUCCAUGGCUACUGUUUGUAAGGUAUCACGAAGUGUGAUUUUCCCUCCACAGUUCAAAAGUUUACAGGAAUGGUUCCAUUAUGCUUUUGCCAGUAGUCAGAUCGAUGAAGUGGAUCGAUUCCCAUCACUGGAGAAAGAAAAAAUUGAUGGCAACAACUCAAUGGAAAGGAAUCGAGGAGGACAAAAGUUGGUUGAUCCAAAUCAUAAUCGAGAAGUGAUAUUUGCACUUCCUAGUCUUCAAAUACACCUCAAGACUGAACAUUUACAAAGUUUUAGUAUUCCCGAUUUAUCAGGGGAAAAACCGGUUGUGGAAUGCAGUUUUAUCACAGAAUUCGAAGAUCACAUUUUUGUCACGGUGGAUGCUGAAGCGUUCUUUUUCCUUCACGAUCUGAUUACGUCAUAUUUGCAAGGAAGAGAAAAACUGAUGAGUUCCUAUAUGGAAAAACGUGUGAGCAUAGACGGUGACAAAUCCAGUCCAGUCAUGUCUUCGUCAUCUUCAACGAGCAGUCAAUCGUCUCAAGUCAAAAAAAUAUACGACGAUCCUUUCACGAAAGACUGGCGAAAUUUCAGUUGCAAAACGUGGCACCUUGAGCCCACAGUUCGUUUGCUGAGCGUUGCUGGGAAAUACAUAGAACCAUAUGGUAUCGAUUACAUUUUGCAGAAGUUAGGAUUUUCGCACGCGAGAGUCACCAUUCCAAAAUGGCUACAGAGAGGAUUCAUGGACCCGCUGGACGCCAUAUUGGCCGUUCUUACGCUCAAUAUGGUCGUUAUUAUCAAAGGAGAUGGGCAUGGAAAUAAAAUUAAAGAGAGAGAAGAUAGGAAUGAAACUAAGAAGUAAUAUGUACACAGAAGGUACUAAAACCAAAAAAUUACUCUCUUGAAGUAGGUAAAUAUUUACUGGAUUGUAAUAAUAAUAAUUCAUUAUAAAUGCGUGUUAUUAUGUGACAAUUUACAUUUAUAAAUGUGUGAUAACUGUGUUUAUUCGUUUAAAAUCGUAUUUAAAUGUAUUUAGGUUGGUAGAUAUAAUAUAAAAGAUAUUACAAUUAGGUAGGCAUGUAGAAAAAUGGCUGUUAGUAGUUUCUUUUCAUUUAAAUUUAUCGAAUGGUUAAUACUUACGUUAAAUAAAAUU